AUGGUGGCUUCGUCAUCACCAUUCGGUCUCUCCAAGGGUGCGCUAGAGCGGCGCAUCAACAAUCAAAUUCCACGGAAACGCCACACUCCAUAUUCUGUCACUAAGAACUACACUCGCAUCCCACCAAAGCAAGUUGCCCACCCCAAGCCCAAGCCGACACCUGUGAAGUCGAGCGCAAAGAUAGACAUAUCUCGUGUACCACAGAAUAGACCCGAGAGGAGAGGUACGGAUCGCACGCACAUCACCGGGACGAGCAGCCAUGGAAUCAACCAAUGGUCCGCUCGUCGCAUCCUCGCAUCGCGCACGCACCCUUUCAACCCUUCGAAGACUCAAUACAAAGUGCAGUGGGACACCACAUGGGAGGAUGCGAGAGAAAUCACUGGUCUAGCAGCUACAGAAUGGAAAGAAGCGGCGCAUGGCGGUAGCACGUUUCGGUUCAGGGCACAAGAUGGGGGUGAGUGGACAGUGCUAAAAGACGCGACUUCUCUAGAGAAUGACAGCGAAGAAUCUCAGUGGGAGAUGUGGAGGGCGAUCCGACGCAACGCUGUGAAAGAGCUGGAGAAAGACUGUUUCGCUGCACUGAAAGAUAAGGAGUUUGUGUUUGCUAGCGAAGCGGAGGAGCUGGCAGUGAGACAAAUCUUGAAAGAAAGAUGGCCGGAAGAUGAUAUCUCGGCAAGGAAUGUCCUUCGGGCUGCUCGAACUCAACUGAGCAAUGAUCCGGAGUUGCUUGAAACAGAAAUUUCAUUCGGCGACGUCAAGAUCCGCUUCGUAGUCCAGCUCGAUCCGUCGAUGGAUACAGGAGAUGACAAAGAAGGGUUGCAUCAAGAGCAACGUACGGCAUUCACCGUAGUAGAGAUCGUCCGAGCCAUGAUACCCAAAUUACUAGAUGGUCUCGAUGAUGAUGCAUUUAGCAAGGGCAAUGCACACCAAAGUUGGUCUCGGUGGUGUGCGGUGCUCAAGUCACUCAUACGGAAAGCUCCAUUCAUGUUCAAGAGCGGCACAUGGCUGCAGCUGUUUGCUUUUUUAGUGCUCGGGAGUGAAGACUUUCGAGGAGAGCUUGCAUCGGUGGGCAUCAAGGUGCAGGACGACUGGUGCCAACGAGCCCGCGAGUACGACAUGCAUAUGUAUUACGAUCAGAUAGUCGAUGACCGCUCGACACACGAGAUACAGGAGACCUUCCUUAAUCUACGAGAUUUCUUCCGGGACAUAGGAACGGAUAAGGAGCUGGCGCUAGAGUCUGGACUAGAUGGGAAUUCGACGACAUCUGGAUCCAUGGUUUGCGGAGACCUAAAGCAUGAAAGCAUGGCAUUCAAUCAGCAGUCUUCAGCACCAGGAUAG